AUGAAUUCCCGGUCGUCUAUAUGGUUCGGGACGCGCAGCUACGCAGCCAGCAGAUUGCCCGCGCAACCAGCGUCUACAGACCCGUGGGAGCAGGCUCUUGCACUCUAUGUCAACGGACUGGGCCCAUCGAAGCGACAGCAGUUUCAAGCACCCGCAACCGUCGAUGAAUGCUUGCAAACCGUCGUGCUGAAUGGCGGGCGAAGACGAGCCUUCACUCGGAUUCUCGAAUUCUUGCGACCCCUCAUCGAUCCUUUGCGACGAUUCGAAGGCGCGAUCGAUGUGGUCGUACAGGUCAGCGCGGGAAUCGCUUCUCCGAUUUGGGGUCCUCUUCGAGUGGCAAUCACGCAUCUGGCGACCUUGGAACAACUGGUGGUUAUUCUCGACAAGAUCGCCCAGUCGACUCAGCGUUACGAGAAUUUGAAGACGUUGUUCGCUGACCAUGAGGGGGUGCGAGAUGCGAUGGGGCGACUUUAUUGCGAGCUCCUCCGGCUUUGUGCUUGCAUCUCGACGUAUGAAACGAGCCGGAUCCGGUACAUCAUGAACCCGUUUGGUAAAGAGUUUGCCACUGUCGGGACUGCAAUCGAUCAACGUGCAAUCGAGAUUGACCGUGCCGCCCAAGCGGCUCACUUUCAGGAAUCGAAGGCGGCCAGGGACCGAUUGCUGGCCGAGACGCGAGAGCAGAAUAUCCGCCGUUUACAGUGCUGGCUAGCUCCAGCACGGGUCGAGGACGAUCUCCAGCGCCUCUCCGGCUACCGCGACGGCUCUUGUGCCUGGAUCUUGCAGGCUGAUGAGUUUAGGCAGUGGUACGGCCCCUCGAGCGAUGAACAUGGUGCGGCGGACAUCUCGUCACUUGGAGGACCGCUCAACACGGCCCUUCAGGUCAUCGGGCGACCCGGCAGUGGAAAGAGUAUGAUGGCCGCUUACUUGAUCCGCUACCUGUCGCAGUGUGGAACGACUUUAUAUUUCCUGUUCAACAAACAGGACUCGGAAAGACACAGCAUGCUCCAUGCGUCGAGAACCAUUCUUGCGCAACUGAUCCACGUCCACCCCGAGCUGACGGAGAACAUCCUGCUCGCGUACAAGAACAGCGGGCGUGUCGUCGCGGAUUCUCUGGUCGAGGUGAUGAGCAUGCUCGGGCAGGUGUUUUCUCAACUGCCACGUCAACCCGGUAGCCCAUCUUACUACAUUGUGUUUGAUGGGAUCGACGAAUGUAAGGACUGGUCCAGCUCUCAGUAUCACUUUCGAACCAGCUUGCCGCCGGAAGCUCCCGUCAAGAUUGUCCUGCUGGGACGAGUAUCACCCACCUUCUCCUCCCCAGAUCCUGUUUCCCCCCAUCCUCUUGCGAUCACCAUGCAGCCGAGCAAAGCUGUGGAGCACAUUCGAGCGUAUGCCGAAGCUCGCAUCCAGGAAAUGACUCACCUCGCCAAUACGGAUCUGGGUACGCAAGCCGUGAGAAAGACGGUCGAGCAAGCCGAUGGGCUGUGGUUAUAUGCACGGCUGCUUCUGGAUGAGAUGGAGCGUGCACCGAGCCGCGAGGUGGUUCAAGCGUGCCUGGAUUCUCUCCCAAAUGGGUUGGAGGAACUCUACAAUCAUAUUCUGUGGACCAGUGAGGCCAAGAUGACCCGUCCGGAGAAGGAAUUCGCACGGUACUUGUUUCUGUGCGCAGAUAUCAGCAACUAUAUGCCCGACUUUCUGGCGCAAGCCAUGGAUAGCAUUCAGCGAGGCAUGUUGGACCUUGUCUUUCGCUUCGUCAAUGGGGGCAAUAUGCCAUUUGAUGCGCCGGGUCUGGCGGAAAAGCUUGGUGCGCCCUUAAUCGAAGUCCUGCGCCCGACGCCGCUAACAUAUGAGUUGCGAUUCGUGCACCUCUCCGUCUAUCAAUAUCUCGCAGACCCAAGCAGAUAUGCAAAGGCGGGAGAUUUGCCGGAAUUGGUACAAACGCGGCAAGCCAGAGAUCUGUACCGCGGUGCCAUGGCCGUGUGGUACUUUACGGACUGUCCAGAUUCGAUGCUGCAUCUCGAGGCUUUGCGAAGCAAUGAUUCGAGCCUUCUCGCGACGGAGUGGCCCGACUCCUAUUUCCCCAUGACCUACUGCCUGUGGGACGCGCUGAAGGCACGGCAUAACUAUCUGCUGUGUCUGUCGGAGCCCUUGUUUCAAGAAGCAGAGAAGAUGUUGGACGUCCUGACCCACUUUUUGAGCACCGACAGAUGUCUCCGGUGGUUUGAAACAGCUACCAUCAUUAAUUACGCGGGCAAUUUCCAGCAACUGCAGGAAAAUAUUCUCUCGGCUCUCGACGUCGCCCGACGGGAAAAGGGGACCGGCGGCGGGCUCAGGGCACUAUACAACUUCAAUCGGGCCCGCUUCAACUUCCUCCAACAUUGGAAGGCUAUUGUGCAAAUCACCACUCCCUGGGAGAUACGCCCGGAGCUGUCGCGGGGGAGCUGGGGGGAUGAGACGGAAAUGCUACCGGGGUUCUUCGAACAUGGCCUCGGAGAGGGAAUGCUGCAAAUUGCCAGAGAAUGGAGCGCUAAGUUAGAAAUCGCGCACAAGAUGCCACGCGGCGGCCGUGCCGGGAGCCCAAUGGCCCAGGCCCUGUGCCCCAAAUGCUCGGCAGUUAUGACCCAACGGGACUUGGAGAAACACAGGAUUGUGGGGUGCCGGAGAAAUAGGAGAAUGUGGUGA